GAUCGCCAUUACUCCUCAUCUCGCCAGCUGCCGCGCACCCACCGCCAUAAUGUCAAACACUCAAUCUCAGGAUACAAAGCAGCAGGAAGCUUCACAACAACCGCAACAACAAAAGCCUACCGUGCUUGAGGAAGAUGAUGAGUUUGAGGACUUUCCUGUUGAUGACUGGCCCGAGAACGAAACUGAGCAGGCUACUGCGAACGGGAAUAACGUACACCUGUGGGAGGAGAGCUGGGAUGAUGAUGACGCCGCCGAGGACUUCUCCAAGCAGUUGAAGGAAGAACUUAAAAAAGUCGACGCCUCCUCAUCCUGAAACCGUGCACAUAGAUAUGGAAUUGACAAUGAGAUUGAGCAUGAUAAUAUGAAUACUACAUGAUAGCAUUUUCCCUUUCACCCAUGUACAUCCAAUUGCAGCGCACAAGUCAGUCCAAUUCAGCCAUAACAUCUGA